AUGGUGGGCGGCGGCGAGGGGGAUCGCGUGGGCGGCGGCGGUGUGGGGGUUGGGGGAGGCCAGCAGUUCGUGGACCGGAGCAAGGUGAGGAUUCUCCUCUGCGACGGCGACGCCACCAGCUCCCGGGAGGUGCUGCGGCUCCUCUGCAACUGCUCGUACCAUGUAACCUGCGCCAAGUCUCCGCGGCAGGUGAUCAAUAUUCUCAACUACGAGGGAGGCGAGAUCGACAUCAUCCUGGCUGAGGUUGAUCUGCCGGUCUCCAAGUGCUUCAAGAUGCUCAAGUACAUCGCCAGGAACAAGGACCUGCGCCACAUCCCCAUCAUCAUGAUGUCCAACAGAGAUGAGGUGUCUGUUGUUGUCAAGUGCUUGCGGCUUGGUGCGGCCGAGUACCUGGUGAAGCCGCUGCGCACGAAUGAGCUGCUGAACCUUUGGACCCAUGUGUGGCGGCGGAGACUGAUGCUUGGUUUGCCCGAGAAAAACUUCUUCAAUGACAACUUCGAGUUGGUGCUCUCAGAACCUAGUGAUGCCAAUACCAAUAGCACCACCCUCCUCUCAGACGAGACAGACGAUAGGCCUAAAGAAAACAUGAAUCAAGAAACAGGCACCUCAAAUCAACUUGAAUACGAGUCUAAUCCUUCUGUUGCUGAGCCCGACCAGAGAGACAAGAUGGAGGGUGUACCAGGCUCUGUCCUAGAUGCCAGCCAAGCAUCCUCUCCGGGAAGAAUGUUUUCACGCCCUAUAAAAACCAACCUGAGGAUUGCUGAGUCGUCUGCAUUUCUAGCAUAUGUUAAGACAAGCACCCCAACCACCAGCUCUUUUGAUAGCGAAUUACAAAGAGGUGGCAGCCGGUUAGAUUCUUUGGAUAACCAGGGUAAUUGCUCUAGUGCAGCCGAUAGAAGUGACACCGGUACUGAUGUAAAUAUUCGGAAUAAAGAAACUUUUGAGAUGCCUGUGCAGUACCCUAUGUUUAAUCCUGCUGGCAUGAAUAUGCACUCAAGUUCAAGUCAUUUACCGACGCAAAAUGUGUGGUCAUCGGCAUCAAGCACACCAAUGCCUGAGGAAACAUGCAAGCCCUCUGAAAGGAGGGCUGCAGCACUUGCCAAAUUCAGGCAAAAAAGGAAAGAGCGCUGCUUUGACAAGAAGGUGAGGUAUGUGAACCGGAAGAAACUUGCUGAAACAAGGCCUAGGGUGCGAGGUCAAUUUGUUAGACAAGCAAGCAAUACAGAUAUCACCAGCACUGGAGAUGAUGUCUCUGAAGACGAAGAUGACGAUCCAUCGUCCAGGGAGGUAGAUAUGGUUUCCUCUCCAGAGUAG